AUGUCAGCUCACUUGUCGCCCACUCCUGCUGCCCUCGCAUCCUCCCUCAGUGCAUCACGAAGGUCUCAUCCCAGGGCAACCACGCGCACAGCUCCUUUCCACCCACAUCCAAUCCCUCAAACCACCACGAUACCUCACAAUGCACAUAUGCGCUCCAAUUUGACGGGCGAUAGCUCCGACGACGACGAUCUUGCUCCAAUAAAGCUGAGUGCCGAAGCUCAGGCAAUCUUGGGUGAAGACAAUGCCCGCCUCGAAUCAGACAAGGAAAACCUGGAGCCCAGACCGCGACGAACAAGAAUUAGCACCUCCAAAAGGCUGAGCAGAGUAAACCCCGUUGACAUUGUACAAGAAUCAAGUCCCCAGUUACAUCACGACGGGAGUCCUGCAGCGCGGGAUAUCCGGCCUGCACCACGAUUAAGACCUGGCCCUCCCUCGGCACUUGCGAGAGAUGGAUCUUUUAUGUACAAGAUUCAUGACAGAUCAGCAACGCGUCCGCACGAUAUUUUGCAUGCUACGGAGACGCCAGCGCCCGGACCACGAAGAAUUCGUCUUAGCGAUUCAAGACGGCUUUCGCGAUCACCACCGACAGAAAAGCCAAACAGUCCAACAGCAUACGAAUCGCCAAUCCAAGAGCCUCAUAGUGGCGCUCGCAACCGCAGCCCACCUCAAGAAGAGUUGCAGGCCAAUCCAGAUGACGAAUACGGCGCCGUUCCAUCGACCGUAACGCGCCAACGACGUGGUGAGGACAAUGGACCUCAAAGCACUAUGCGUGUCCGACGUAUUGGAGGUGCAUUGCUCCACCGGCCUGUCCGUAGGGGAAUGGUUCGACGACAGAGUGAAGAGGAGGAACUAGAGGCAUAUCAGCCAGAACUCGAGCAGGGCACUCCUGAGAUGGAAGUCGGUCGCAGGGCGAAGGAGAUGGAUCUGCAGGACCUGCCAGACGACCUCCUCAUAUUACAAGGAAGCCCUGUACAACCCAAGCAAGUCCCAUUUCCCUCACGACCAACAUCUCCAGAAGGACAGAGCAAUCCAAGACUCCCUCGGUCGCUGCCAGACACAAAUGGAAGGCCGACACCAACACCGGCAGGCCCAUUAUCAUAUCGAUCCUCCAAGUCAUCAAGCUCAUCAAAGAGGCCUAUAUUCAAGGUUCCACCAUUGCCUAAUCCAAGCAAUCAAGACCAGGAAAAUGAACCACCACCGACAUUUCGCAGAACGAAGCCGACCCCUGAUGUUUUGAAGAUACACGAAGAUGAGCUACAAGUUGAGCAAAAGCCCGCCGACCUUGUCGCCACUCAUGCCUCGCCCUUGAGAGCGCCCUUGGGACAAAGGUCGAGCAACACUCCUCACAGGCCGGCACCAGCCCCACCGCCGAAAAUGUCAUUACUCGACGCGGCCACUUCGAAUGCCGGCUCGCGCAACAAAAAAUCAGUCCACUAUGUCCUCAAUGGCAAGACUUACCGACGACUCGACUGCAUUGGAAGGGGCGGAUCGUCACGAGUGUUCAGAAUCAUGGCGGAGAACUACAAGAUCUUUGCCUUGAAACGGGUCAAUCUCGAAGACGCAGACAUGGCAGCGAUCGCUGGGUACAAGGGCGAGAUUGAUCUGCUGAAGAAGUUGGAAAAUGUUGAUCGCGUAAUUCGACUGUACGAUUACGAUAUCAAUGAAGAGAAGGGGAUUCUAAGUGUCAUGAUGGAGCUUGGAGAAUCAGAUUUCAACAAGAUGCUCAAUGAGCAGCUGAAGAAUGAUGGCUCCAGGUUGGACAUCACUUUUACCCGACACUAUUGGAAAGAAAUGUUGGAGUGCGUGCAGGCCGUCCACGACUAUGACAUUGUGCAUUCGGAUCUCAAACCGGCCAACUUCUUGCUGGUCAAAGGGCAGCUCAAGCUGAUCGACUUUGGCAUUGCCAACGCCAUUCAAGACGACACAGUCAAUGUCCACCGAGAGAAUCAAAUUGGCACGCCGAACUACAUGUCGCCCGAGUCGCUUGUGUGCCACACGCCCGCUGGUGCCGCACCAGGGACGAAACUUCUCAAGCUCGGCAAGCCCAGUGAUGUGUGGAGUCUGGGCUGUAUCCUCUAUCAAAUGACAUAUGGACAGCCACCCUUUGCACAUAUCACCAAGCAAUUCGAACGCAUCAUGAGCAUUCCCAAUCCCAAAGUGGAAAUUCAAUUCCCCACGACUGGGGUGGGUGGCGCGGUGGUGCCGUUCGGUCUGAUCAAGACGUUGAGACGAUGCCUGACACGGGAGCAAGCCCUACGGCCGACCAUCAAAGAGCUGCUGGGUGACGCGGACCCGUUUCUCAACCCGGUCGCCAUCAGCCCAGACAUGCUGGGUCGCGUCAUAGGCAACGUGGUCAGCUACUGCAGACGCCGGGAGGAUGCCAUGCGUGCACGCGGCGAGCUGACCACCGCCGAUGGGGCGAGCUGUUUGCCAAAGGACGAAGAGAUGAAAGGUUGGCCCUGGGCGUUUUAUGAGAAACUGAAACAGGCUCAGGAGGAAGGGACGGCUUGGUGAUGUGGUUGUUGUUUUCUUAGGCACCUGUGGGUGGGCAAGUCAAGAGACGUGGUGGUUUGGUUAACGCGCACCUUUCGUUCUAUGAUAAUCGAGGGUCAUUCAUGCUUCAUCAGCCCUUUGGUAAUUGCUGGUUUGAGGAAGCACAAGAUCAUGAUGGGCGGCACUUUCUGUGUGUCUGUCUGGUUUUCUUUGCAGUACAUAUAGCACUUUGAGCGUAGGCAUAAGUAAGCGACUUUUUCGAAGUUUUUGAUCAUCAG